ACCCCGUCACCGUCUCCACCGCCUCUCUUUCUAACUCCCACCUUCGCUCUCCCUCGCCCGUUUCGCUGGGCACCCUGCCACGGACCCCACCUGCUGCGAGCCCGUCAAUUCAACCAGUGACGCCGUUCCCCAAAUCUAUGCCCGCGAAGCCACAAGUGCUCCUCCUCCUCUUCACUCUUACCCCAGCCCGCUCCUUAUAGACAGCAAAGCGCCCAUCAUGGGUCAGACGCUCUCUGAACCCGUCGUCGAUAAGAAAUCGGAAAACGGCGAGAGCGACACCAUCAUCUAUGGCCUCUCCUCUAUGCAAGGAUGGCGAAUCAGCAUGGAGGACGCCCACGCCGCCGUCCUCGACCUUCAACCCCCUGGCAGCGACGGAAAGCCUGCAUCGCCGGAAAACAGGUUGAGUUUCUUUGGCGUAUACGAUGGGCAUGGGGGUGACAAGGUGGCCAUCUACACUGGCGAGCAUCUCCACGAGAUUGUCGCCAAGCAGGAUGCUUUCAGGGAAGGAAACAUCAAAAAGGCCCUCCAGGACGGCUUUCUUGCAACAGACCGAGCGAUACUGAGCGAUCCCAAGUACGACGAAGAAGUAUCGGGAUGCACUGCAUCCGUUGGCAUCAUUUCCAAGGAUAAGAUCUGGGUGGCGAAUUCAGGCGAUUCUCGCAGUGUUUUGGGAAUAAAGGGCCGUGCAAAGCCGCUCUCUUUUGACCACAAACCUCAGAACGAGGGCGAGAAAGCCCGUAUCCAGGCCGCCGGUGGCUUCGUUGAUUUUGGUCGGGUCAAUGGCAAUCUCGCCCUGUCACGGGCCAUCGGCGAUUUCGAGUUCAAGAAGAGUGCCGAGCUGCCCCCGGAGAACCAGAUUGUCACCGCCUUUCCUGACGUUGAGAUACACGAUAUCAGCGAAGAUGAUGAGUUUUUGGUCAUUGCAUGUGAUGGGAUCUGGGAUUGCCAAUCCUCGCAAGCCGUCGUGGAGUUUGUACGACGGGGUAUUGUAGCGAAGCAAGAGCUGUCCGCCAUCUGUGAAAACAUGAUGGAUAACUGCUUGGCUUCGAACAGCGACACGGGCGGUGUUGGUUGCGACAACAUGACCAUGAUAGUCGUUGGCCUCCUUCAAGGGCGAACAAAGGAGCAGUGGUACGAGGACAUCGCUAAGAGAGUCGCGAAUGGGGAGGGUCCAUGCGCUCCGCCAGAGUAUGCCGAAUUCCGCGGGCCAGGAGUCCAUCACAGAACUGACGACAGCGCGGACGACCUCGACAUGGAAUUCGACCAUCGUUUCAGGCCCGGAAAUGGAAAUGGAAUGGGUAGCCGAAUCAUCCUUCUCGGAGACGGAUCCGAUAUUUCGGGUGACGGUCAUGAUACUGAAAUGUUCGAUCAGGAUGAUGAGGACAAGGACCUGGAAUCGCAGGUGGACAAGUAUCAUAACCAGGCAUCGUCCAACGGCGCGAACACUACACCCGUAGAAGCAUCCCAAACUACGGAAUCGCCUUCCUCCGUCGCCACCGAACAGUCUGAUGCGCAAACUCAGAACCCUGGUAAAGACAACUCUCCGCCAGCGCAGAGCCGCGCGGGCGAAAGCUAAGAAGAGUGAUGGUUUUGGGGUCUGGUUGGUUUUUUGCUGCCCCUUCACCUGUGGCUGGAUAUCUGGUGCUUGUGCUUUUAGCAGGAUGAUGCUCCCUCUAGGUCCGGGUCGUGUUGGGAGCUGCACAGCGCGUGGGACAUGUGUCACGAAUCAAUCACGCGUCAUGGUCAUGAAGGCGAACCUCUCCCGCGGUUGAUAGGGCACAUCACGAAAUGAUACCUGACGUCGCCCCGUCGUCGUCGUCGUAUGCUCUUCCUUAGUAUAUCCCUUGUUAGGUUGCCUUCUCAAGACGUUGCCUUAACAGCACCACUGCCAUGGUCGAACCUCGACAUUUAUGUUUACGAUGGACGCAAAUGUUGAGGGUUGUUUGUUAGUAGUCUACUAGUACCGUCAGACAAGACACGCAUGCACUGGCUGCCGCGCUUUUGCAAAAUGAGCCAAAUGAGCCAAAUUCAUUGUACGGAG